AUGCUGAAAAGUUUAGCGUCCCAGCAUCUCUCAGAUGAAUAUGAAGUAAGGGAGAUCAAGAGGAACAACCCUAGAUUAAAAAUCGUGGGUAUUUCUGAAAGCAUGUCGCUAGACGAAUUGCACUCUAAUUUGAUUGCGCAGAACAUUGUACUUAAGAACUCCAGUGAAUGUAAAGUGUUAAAACUAUGGCCUACUAAGAAAUCACCCGGAGUUUUUCAAGCUAUAGUUGAUGUUGAUAACACUACGUAUUUAAAGUUAUUGGAACGGGGACAUGUUCUUGUAAAUUUUGAUAGUUGUAAAGUAUAUGAUGCUGAUGAUUAA